GAAAAAAAUCUUCAUCGUUUCAUGUACUAAUCAGACGUACAGAACACGGUCAAGUUAUAUACUGUGCGGCUGUAUACCUCUAGACAUUACUGUCAAUGUGUGACAUGUUGUGUUCUUGUUAAAGGAGACCGUGUUGUAAACGACUCCUCAAGAGUGUUUGAGUGUCGCUAGCUUGGCUUUGCGGCUAACGUUAGCCGCUGUGGCUAACCGUCGGCCGGUUAGCUUGCUACCUACAGCUGAUUGUGUAAACACUUGUUCGUGACUCCAGACAAAGCGUAGAAAGUUCAGGCGGUCGCGUCGUUCAGCGCCACUAAUGACAUACACACCGCCUCUUAUGUUCCGUUGAAGCCGAAUUUAGGUCGGGGCUCGAAGCAUCUGAAGUUUUUUGUUUAAUCAUUGAAUUCGAUCUGGUGAAGCUUGAGGGAUGGCAUGCUAAAUAUUAGCGUGGGGGCUGCCGUUUGCUAAAAGUUCAGCGUGGAUGUUGAUCAAGGAACGUUCAUAACUUAUCGCCUCGGCUUUUAAUCAACAGCGACCGCCUAUGACGUGACUUGUGAUGGUAAUUGGAAAAGUUGUAGUUCAGCCAAGGUAGCGUCCUUCCUCCCCCCACCAAAGUCUUCGGCGAAUUCAGUCGGCGAGCUAGCUACCAUCCGCCGCUGUGUUUUGCAAUCCGCUCAGUUCAAGUCUUUGUCCUGUCAAGUUGCAAGCGUUGCUCAACACGAGGUGUGUGUUGUGAACGGCCCCCUCCCCCAAUAAAUAUGAGAUCACAAUAGUCAGGCACGGUUUCCCUUUAGAUUCCACCAACGUGGCUCUACUCGUGUGACAAGAAACGUGUUUACAAAUGGCAUUACCUUAGGGAAAACUGUUGAACCCUAAAAUGGGUAGAGAUCUUUGGGUAGAGACCCCUCAUAGAGCAACACAACCAGUUUACCUUUACAAAACACACAAUGACUGUGUUCCUGGAAAUAUAUCCAAGGUCCUGAAAUUUCACUCUUAAAUCUUCAUACAGAUUCCCAUUACUUACUAGAAUGUGAUGUGUAUGAUUUUUUUGUUUGUUUUAGUGAAACGUUUUUUUUGCAAACACAUCUCCAAAGUUAAGCUGUGUAUCAUUUUCUGUUUUCUGUCUUUUAUUGAAAUAAUGAAUAUAAAGUAAAGUGCACAAUACAAACUGCAUGUUCAAUCUUAGACAGCAAAUAUUUUCUCAAUUUGCAACGAGAGCGCUUGCAAUGUUGAAUCGGAGUGCGUUGUCUUGGAGCGGUUCAUAAAUGCCUCCGGGUUAGAUGCAAGAAAUUGGUCCAUAAUGGAAUUAUGGGGCAGUAGUGGUAUACUCUCUGUAUGAAGACCAAAUUCUACAGAGGUAGGGAAGCUGUUACAAGUUCAGAAUGGGACGCCUCCAAGCACCAACUACAAUGGGGUAGAUGCUGUACACGCCUGCAAUAUCCUUCAGCAACUUAAAGCUUUGUACGAUGAAGCUCAGCUCACAGACAUUGUCGUAGAAGUGGACCACGGCAAGACCUUCUCGUGUCACCGGAAUGUUCUUGCCGCAAUCAGCCCCUAUUUUAGGUCCAUGUUCACAAGUGGCCUUACAGAGAGCAGCCAACGGGAGGUCAGAAUUGUUGGGGUGGAAUCGGAAUCUAUGCACCUUGUCUUAGACUAUGCCUACACGUCCAGGGUCACGCUCUCCGAGUCCAAUGUCCAGGCCCUGUUCACCGCAGCCAGCAUUUUCCAGAUACCCGCCCUGCAGGACCAGUGUGCCCAGUUUAUGAUUAGCAGGCUUGACCCCCAGAACUGCAUCGGGGUUUUCAUGUUUGCCGAUGCCUACGGACACCAGGAGCUAAAGGAACGCUCUCAAGACUACAUACGCAAAAAGUUCCUGUGUGUUUCAAGAGAGCAAGAGUUUCUCCAGAUGACCAAGGAGCAGCUGGUCAGCAUUUUGAACAAUGACGACCUCAACGUGGAGAAAGAAGAGCACGUAUACGACAGUAUAAUCCGCUGGCUGGAGCACGACCGGAGUGGCCGCGAGGCCCACCUGGCCGAGGUGUUUUCCCAGUGCAUCCGUCUGCCUUUGCUGGACGACGCCUUCCUCAGUCGCAUACCCGCGCCCUUUGCGUGCGCCCUUUCCCUGUCGAAAGACCCCGUCGAGGCCAAAGCCCGCCUCGCUGGCACCAACGGUUGCUCCCAGCGCCUGGGAAUGACCGCGUCCGAGAUGGUCAUCUGCUUCGACGCCGCUCACAAACACUCAGGGAAGAAGCAGACGGUACCUUGCCUGGACACGGCCACGGGGAGGGUGUUCAAGCUGUGCAAACCGCCCAAUGACCUCCGAGAGGUCGGGAUCCUGGUGUCCUCGGAAAAUGACAUCUACAUCGCCGGGGGCUACCGACCCAGCAACAGCGAGGUGUCCAUCGACCAUCGGGCGGAGAGCGACUUCUGGCAGUACGAGCAUGCGGGAAAUCGCUGGCUGCCGCACGCGCCUCUUUUGCGGGCCAGAAUUGGCUGCCGGCUGGUGCACUGCUGCGGGAAGCUCUACGCGCUGGGUGGCCGCGUGUACGAAGGCGACGGUCGAAACGCGUUAAAGUCUGUCGAAUGCUACGACGCCAGGGACAACUGCUGGACGGCCGUCAGCCCCAUGCCGGUGGCCAUGGAGUUUCAUAGCGCCGUCGAGUACAGAGAUCGGAUCUACGUCCUCCAAGGUGAAUAUUUCUUCUGCUUUGACCCUCGCAAGGACUACUGGAGUCACCUCUCCCCGAUGAGCAUCCCUCGGAGCCAAGGUCUGGCCGCCCUCUACAAGAACUGCAUUUACUACAUCGCCGGCAUCUGCAAGAAUCACCAGCGUACGUUCACGGUGGAAGCCUACGACAUCGAGAGGAACAGCUGGAGCCGCAAGCGCGACCUGCCCUUCGACCAGGCCACCAGCCCGUACAUCAAGGCCAUGCCGCUGCAAGGCAAGCUGCACCUGUUUGUGCGGGCCACGCAGGUCAUGGUGGAGGAGCACGUGUUCCGCACCAGCCGCAAGAACUCCCUUUACCAGUACGACGACCAGGCGGACGCGUGGACCAAAGUCUACGAGACGCCCGACCGCCUCUGGGAUUUGGGCCGCCAUUUUGAAUGCGUGGUGGCCAAACUCUAUCCGCAGUGUCUGCAGCGGGUGCUCUGAUGGGGGCUUUUCGGUCGCUCGCGUGAAGCGAAAUCUGCGAGGCGGAGGCGUGGUCCCGCCUGGUCUUGCCGUACCUUCUCGGCCUUGCGCCACAAAGACCUUUUGUUUUUUUUUUGAAUAUGUCUUAAGCCGUCGAACCUUUUGGCUUUGACAAGAUCAAAACCGGGGUGCUUUGAAAGAUUGCAGUAUUCCCCUCCCGCCCCCGACCCGCCCGACAGCGCCAACGACCCACACCGAGGCUUGCUCUAGAAAAGCGUCCAAUGAAUCGUAAGUGCAAUUACUCAACUUGUUUUGCUUCUUGUUGAGCCACGCUGUUUUCAGUUGUUUUGCGGCGCAUAGCCGAGGUUCCACAAGAAGCAUGCGUGUACGCGGCGUGCGCUCUGGAGAUAUGAAUGCGACAUCUCAGCAGAAAGUCAGAUUCUAUAUAGACCUAUAUAAAUAGAUCAACUAUAUAUAUUCAUACGGGUAAUAUGAAUAGCAUUGUUCAUUAGUCAUUUGCUGACUCUGAGGGUUGUGUGCGUACACCCCCCCCCCCCACCCCAACCACCUCUCCUCAGAGUCAAAUCUCUGAAGCUUCUUAUUUUGAGGAGUAGUUGUGAUUUCCCGUGUUUUUCUUUUUUUUUUGUAUGCUAUUUGUGCGUCCUCUCCUCUUCCUCCACAAGUGUCGGCGUGGCUUCUGAGCAAUUUUCACGUUUUUGUUUUGGAAGAUUCCAGUUGCAUGGGGGGGCUUGUGCCUCCCACCCUUUCAGUUGGUGUCCAUUUUGUGUCACACACACACACACACAUGAAGACAACUUGUGAUGUGUCAUGUUGGAAUAUUCCCUCUCCACAUUGGAGAAAUGACAAGAGUGAACUUUGUGUCAACACUAAGUGGGAAGUUCAGACCAACGACCAGGUUUACCUCAAGAGACUUCAGAGUUAUUCCACGAGGAGGAGAAAGAGAGAGAAAAAAAGGACAUUUCUGGACAUUUUGAGUUAACGAGGCGGCAACGGCAUUGAUCCGCGUAUGGCUCGCUCCGGAGCGUCAGUUACAACCGGAUGUAAGCAGGCGAAAACGGCCUACUCCGAAAAUGCAAAAACGGCAUUUGAGGUCUUUGUCAUUACAGAGCUGGAUGUGGGAAAGGGUUUCGUUGUAGCAAUAAUUGUCGGAACUGUGAUGAGGCUACAUGUCUUGAUAUGACCUCCGUGAAAGUGCGUCGAUUGUUUGCCUGCGCUUGUCUGGCAUUGAACAUCGCACGCGUUCCACCGGAGCACGGGCGCAGGCUUGAAUUGCGAGGAGAGCCAUCGGACUCUUGACGCGCUCCUCCUCGAUGAACGAUAUGGGAAAACUCUUCAGCAUUGCACUGACUCGCUCUCACUUCAACUGUCCCGAAACGCAGGCUCGUUUAGCAGAAGCGCCGCUUGGGAAAAGGCCAUGAAUCCGUCUCGACGUACGUGCCACCGCCGGCGGACUAACAGUUGGUGCUGCUUUCAUUUUGAUUUUUGUUUUUUGACAAUCUUUUCUCAGAAGUAAGACCGCAGCCAAGUGGCGUUUCUCUGCCCGCGUGACAUUUUCAGUACAUUACUGUCGAUUCCUGUGUCAUCUUUGCACUACAACACAAGAGUGGCCCGCACUCGGCAGCAUUAUUACAAUCGCCCGCCCCCCCACACACGAUCCCCCACAAAAUUAAUAAGACUUGCAAACAAAGCAUUCAUGAAAAAAAGAAUUUGACACCACCGUGAAAUGAAAACCGCAGGCGCGGACUUUCGCGGCUCCCUUGCAGAGUUGAUGUUAAAGCUUCACUCACACAAUUUACAGUUGGCAAGCGAGCUAGGAGGAAUUCUCAGGAUUUCUACUGAAACAGUACUGUAUUGUUCAUUUUUUUUUGCUCAUGUGUAUUAUACUGUACUAUAGGUUUGCUGUACUUGCACAGUUUUUAAACUUCAGUUUCUUUUACAACUUGAAAAAUAGAUUUUUUGUUUUUGUUUUUUUUUUGUUUUGGUUGUUGUUGUCUUCAGUGGCGUUUCCCACUUUUUUUGUUGUUUCCUAUUUAGUUAUGGUAGAUUAAACCUGUUCCGAGAAGAUUGCCUGCACCAGUAAUACAGUUGAAUUGGACCCCCCCCACACACACACACACACUAUAGUACAGGACCGUCUCACCAGCAUUGUGCAUAAAUAAACUACUUUUGAAACACCAGUCAUGAAUGACAGUCCAACAAGCUAAGAAUGCAACAAUAAGUUGAAGCGUCCACGGCCCUGGGCUGCAAUACAAAAGCUCAUCUCAUCAAGUGUGUGCCCCCCCCCGCGUCCAGGUGCUAUUUUACUCCUUUUCUCCACUUUGCUGGUUUGUCUUUUUUGGGUUAUGGUUUCUAGUGGUUCGUUGAGCUCAACUGUGAAAUUCACGUUGCACAUAACUUGAAAAUAAAACAAUUGAAAGUGA